AUGACAGCUGGGACUGUGGUCAUCACCGGUGGAAUAUUAGCGACUGUUAUCCUUCUCUGUAUUAUCGCCGUUCUCUGCUAUUGCCGGCUACAGUAUUACUGCUGCAAGAAGGAGGACUCAGAAGAGGAUGAGGAAGAGCCAGAUUUUGCCGUGCAUUCCCGCUUCCCACCGGUACAUUGCAACCGGAAUGUAGUCUUAGCCAAUGGGCCGUCCAUCUACGCUUCCCCCUACAAGAAGCAUCAGCACUGCAGGAGCGUCUGCCAAGGCUGCUCGCAGAAUGAACCGCCAGCGUUCCUCCUGCACCCACCGGACGAGAUCCGAAACGGAGGCGAACGCAUCACCUACAAGACCAUCAGCCAGGAAGAAAUCGAACUGCCGGUCAAUCUGAGCAAUUUUCAAGUGCUCAAUCCCAACCGCCUGUCUGCAAUGAGGGAGGCUUUUUCCCGAAGCCGCAGUAUCAGCACGGAUGUGUGAGGGCAGAGUGCCGCCUCCCGGUGGGCCGCCGCCUCCUCUUCUGUUCUCGGCAUGUUUGGCUUUGCU